CAGGCCUGGCGUCCGGGCCUGCCGCCACCGCCGGCGGCCGGCUACAUGCAGGCGGCUGGCUAUAUGCAGCCGAUGGCGCAGCCAAGCCGCUAUGGAGGCAUGGGAGGACACACGCCGCCUCCGGCUCCCAGGGUGCCGGCGGCGCCCACGUCGCGCGGGGGCCCACCCCGGCGCGAGAUGGACUCCUUGCUGGAGGAGAUCAAGGCCAAGCAGGAGCAGAGGAAGGAAAUGCUUACCGAAAGAAAGGACGGUGAAGCUUCGCCGCCAGGAGAUAUGGCCGCGGCCGGCCUGAGCUUCCCGGUGCCGUUUCAGGGUGCCUUUGCCAGCCCAGGCUUGACGAUGCCGGUGGCCAGUGCCGUCACGGCCAUGGCCAGUUCCAUGGGCUCCGUGGGCGCCAUGGGCGCCAUGGGCGCCAUGGGCUCGAUGCUGGGCAUGGCCAAUCCCAUGGCCAGCGCGAUGGCCGGCGCCAUGGCCGGCUCCAUGGCCGGCUCCAUGGGCAGCUCAGGCAGCUCCUGGGGAGCAGGCGGCGCCUCUGCCGCUGCGGACGAGCUGGCGUCGCUGCUCUUCCUGCGGGAGUUGCCUCCCUCGACCAACGAGGACAUCAUUGCCGGCCUCUUCGCGAGAUAUGGCAUUGUGACUGCCGUGGAUAUCGUGCGGAGUAAGGAGGACGGCCGCAUCCAGGGCUACGUCAUGAUGGACAACAGGGAAAAUGCACAGCGGGCCAAGGACGCGCUGCAGGACCGAGAGGUGGACGGCGUGCCGCUGUGGAUCGAGUGGUCCAAGAACCACGUGCCGCAGGGCAGUCACGUUGAGACCAACUUGCGAAGCAAGGAUGGCAAUUCCCGCCUCAUCGUCGUGGAGGUUCCGGAUGCCAAGAAGCGGCGGAUUAUCGAUCGACUCGCCAGGUAUGUGGCGCAGGAGGGCUUCAAUUUUGAGCAGCUCAUCAUGCAGCGUGAGUCGCCCGAGGGAAUGUUCGACUUCCUUUUCCACCACGACUCACCGGACAACCUGUACUACAGAUGGAGGAUGUUCGCUUUCACCCAGCGCGACAACUUCAAGGUGUGGCGCACCCAGACCUUCCGCAUUUGCGAAGGAGGCCGGUGGUGGAGACCGCCGCCCUGCGAAGCGGCGAUCCAAGCCGCGGAGAAGAAGCGGAAGUCCAAGUUUUCCUCGGAUGCGGAGGUGGCUGUCGCCGCGCCCGGCGCGGCGCCCAACGCCGGCGCCGCGCCCUUCGGCGUGCCGGCGGUGCCCCAGCCACCACCGGCGCCCAACCCCGCCACCGCGGUCAAGGCGGCGCGAGGCAACUCGGUGCUGCCUGCCAGCUGGACACAGGAAGACAUUGAAGAGGAGCGCGAGCGUCAACGUCUGGAGGAGAGAGCAACGCAGGAGCGGCAGAAGCGCGACCGAAACCGGACCAUGGCUGGAGGCAAGCGCCUGAGUGACGAGGACUGGAGCACGUUGGAGCAGCUGCUGCGGAACGUGUCCAGCAAUAGGGCUUCAAUCCUGGAGACCAUGGUCUUUUGCCUGGACAAGAGUGAGUGGGCCAUCGAGAUUACGGAGACGGUCACCGAGUCUCUCACCAUUGCGGAGACCGAGAUCCCGCUCAAGAUGGCCAGGCUGAUGAUUGUCAGUGACAUCCUUCACAACACCACCAGCUCACGCCCAGCGGCGUGGGCGUACAGGAGAGAGUUCGAGAAGUCCUUGCCGGACAUUUUCGAGCAGUUCGAAGUCGGCCUGCACCGCUCCGAGAGCAAGCUGCAGGCGUCCCAGGCCAAGGAGCAGAUUGCCCGCCUGCUGAAGAUCUGGGAGGACUGGGGCCUCUUCGCACCGCAGUACCUUCGUGGCCUGGAGGCUGCCAUCGUGAUUGGCGUGCGGCGGCUGAGGGCGCUGGCCGGCAAGGGCGAUUCGUCCCGAGAGCCCAACUGGCUGGAGCCCAAGCUUGCGGACUGGCGGCGGCACCACUUCUCGCAGUUGGAGAAGAUGUGCCGCACUCGUGGCCUGCGGUGCUCGACCUCGCACCUGGAGCCCACCAAGCAGCUCAGCUUGGAGGAGGCGCGCAAGGAGUGGCUCAUCGAUCGCUUGGUCACAUACGAGCUUUUGUCGCAUGAGAAGGAGCAGGCUCGACAGCAGCUGGCCAAAGAAGAAGCCGCGCAGAAGUUGUCCAGGCGCAAAAGCAGAUAUGCCAUGGAGGACAUUGACGGAGAGGACUGCAUCGAUGGGGUGCCAAUGUCGGAGAGCGACUUGGAGGGCGAGCCCCUGGAGCUGGUCACCCCAGGUGACGUCUACAGUGCGGUGGAGCUUGCGCAGCAAGCCCCCGAGGAGCAGGCCGGUUACCUGGGCACAAUUGCAGCCCGUGCCGUCCUUGGCAGCGUCAUGAACCCUGGCCCUGCGGCAGCUGCGGCCGAGGAGGUGGUGAGCGUCAUCAGCACGGAGGAGCGCCAGGACGCCGCGGCCUCGAAGGAGAUGCUGGAUGUCCGCCCCAGCCCGAAGGAUGAGGCGUCUCGUCCGGAAGCGAAGUCGGGCGAGGACCAAAAGAGCCUGCUGCGGGACAUUGAGCUCGAGGUCAUGGAGCUGCGCGCCAGCCUGGAGCUGAAAGGCCACCACCGCGACGCCAUCCAGGACGCCUGCAACAAGAAGCGGGAGGAGAUGAUGGACCCUGACAAGCCCAAGAAGGAGCUUGAAGCCAAGGAGCUGGAAAAGGCCAAGGAGAGAGAAAAAGAGAAGGAGCGGGAGAAGGCUGAGCGGGAGAAGAAGGAGAAGGCCGAAAAGGAAAGGGCGCAGAAGGAAAAGGCUGAAAAGGAGAAGAAGGAAAAGGAAAAGGCUGAGAGGGAAAGGAAGGAGAAGGAGAAGGCUGAAAGAGAAAAGAAGGAGAAGGCUGAGCGGGAGAAGAAGGAGAAGGAAAAGGCCGAGAAGGAGAAAAAGGAGAAGGCCGAGCGGGAAAAGAAGGAGAAGGAGAAAGCUGAGAAGGAGAAGAAGGAGAAGGAGAAAGCCGAAAAGGAGAAGAAGGAGAAGGCUGAGAGGGAGAAGAAGGAAAAGGAGAAAGCCGAAAGGGAGAAGAAGGAGAAGGCUGAGAGGGAGAAGAAGGAGAAGGAGAGGGCUGAAAGGGAGAGGAAAGAAAAGGAGAAAGAGAAGGAGAAAGAGAAGGAGAAAGAGAAAGAGAGGGAGCGGAAGAAGAAGGAAGAGGCCAAGGCCAAGGAGGAGGCCAAGGCCGGCCAAUUUGCAGCUUCGCUCGCGAUGCGUCGAACAAUGGAGAACACAGGUGAGGAAGCGAAGUCAAAGCAAGUCGCCACCGGCCAAAAAGGUCAGAAUGGCAUGUCCAAGUCAUCCUUGGAAAAUAUCAUCGCCCUCACGUCCUAUUCUCCGACGGCCUUCGGGAUCUUCUUCCUGGUGACCUCAAGGCAAAACGACAGAUACGAGGACAAGCACGGAACGUCUGGCGUGAUGGCGGGGAUGCUUUGCUUGGUCUAUGGGCUGCUGGCAGGCGCCGCCUCGGGAGGAUGCCCGGCAGACUUUGCCAAGGCCCUGGUCCUGGCGCGGAUCGCCGUAGGCGUGAUUGCUGUUCUGGCCGCCGUCCUGAUCUUGGCCCUGGGCGAUGAGACGGACCAAGUCUUGAAGUUCGUCCUGAUGUACCUCUUCCUGGCCUUGAUGACAGUCCCUGAGGCUGGCGCCGUGUACCUCUAUGUGCGGCAGGCGCAGCUGGAGAAGUUCAUGUCGCAGAACUCGGAGUGGCAGGGCGGCAUGGCCAACGCCGGGCCGCCUGACCCAUAUGCGGGGCAGCAGUGGGCCCAGGAGAGUUGGAACCAAGGCCCUGCCUUGCAGCCGCAGUUCGCGGUGCGCGCCGCUUGCUGCCCCUCGCAAGACCAAUUGGUAGACAUGCUGCCCAUGGCAGACGAUCGCAUGUUUAGCUUCGGACUGCGGAGGCCGUGCGGCCCGGUCCCGCGCCGGCCCGCGGGCCUGGAGGAGACGGCGGCCGCGGUGGGCUCCGAUCCAUGGGCCAAGGCCUGGGGCCCGGAGUAUAAGGCCGGAGCUCUGGCUGGCGCCGCGGCGCAGCGGCGCAGACAGCGGAGGCUGGGUGUUGAGCGCAAGCAGGCUGCCGCGAAAGAGCUGGCGCCAGGCACUUGGCCGGCCGACACGGUGACCGACAUUGCGGAGGUGGCGCAGCCUCCGGAGGAUCUCAGCGAGUUGAGGAAGAAGGCGUGCGCUGAGGUGAAGGAGAGCGGCGCGGAGGUCUGGCCGGCGCCGGAGAACGACCGCCUCCUGAGCUUCUCCAGCAAAGAAGCAGAGACCGCGGAAGGCGAUGGGAGCGACGGGACGAUGGAAGGCGAGGCCAGCCAAGAGCUUGCAGACUUUGUGGAGAAGAAUGCGGCGCCUGGGCCGGAGCCUUGUGGGGACUGGACGGGGUUCCCAAGCGAAAUUUCCUACAGCAUCUCAGCCAGGGAUAUUGACGCCGCCCUGGAGAAGUUCAUCCAGUUCAGAGGGGAGCCCCAGCGGGUCGGAUCGAGCUCCCGGCGCGGGAUUUUCAUGGCCUUCUUCGACUUCGAGCAGCUGGAGGGCAACCUCAAGGAGAACCAAAAGAAGCCGUCUUACCCGCCCGAGAACUCUGAGCCGACUGAAGAACCAAAUCGGCCGCCGGAUGCGGUUCCGCUCCCCCUGAAGAUGUACGAAGCCGACGACCGGCAGGUCUUCGUCUCCCCAGGAGCAACCGUCCAGGACCUGCAGCUGGAGCUGGCGCGGGUGCUGCGGACAGAGUUGGGUUCGAUGGGGCGCCUCACCGGGGUGCAACGCGGCGCGCGGGAGCGGUUCCGGCGCAGGGUCAAGGGCUGGGCGAUGGAGGGACACCAGGUGCUGGAUCCUUCCACAGAGCUCCGAAGCCUGCACUUUGGGUCAGCGCUGCUGUGCCAGCCGCGUGUGGGGCCCGUGGCCGAAAUCGACCUGGAGCAGCUGCAGGAGGUGAAAGUUUCGAAGAUCCAAGAGGUACAGAUCCAAGAGGUGCACAUCCAUGAGGUGAAGACCCCUGAGAAAGCUGCUCAUCAGCCACAAGAAAGGCCCCAGUCGGACAGCAAGACGCGAAGUCGCUGGAGCAAGGCGCCGACGGCCCCUACCCGAGCAGAAGCGCUGGCGCGCGCCCUGGAGCUCGAGCUGGAGAUGGACCGCCGGAGGUCCGCGCCCUUGGAGCUGCUAGGCUCCAGUCGGAUCCAGCUCUCGCCUUCGGUGGUCUUCCUGGUGGACGCCCUGAACGAGGUCCUCGCGCAGAUGAAGCAACAUGCCGACAGGAUCGACCGGCUUCAUUCCGAGGCGCUUUCAAAAAGAGGCGCCGCCCUUGCGAAGCUGCAGGAGGCUUUGCAGGCCGUGCUGCGCUGCACCGCCAGCGAGGCAGCGGCCGGGGCGUUGCGCCGGCUGUUUGGGGCCUUGGUGAAACCCGCAGGCCUGCGCGACUGCCUGCGCGACUGGGCCCGUGCAUUGGGGAGCCCGGAAACUGCGGAGGCCAAGGUCUUUGCCAGCCUCAAAGAGCUGGUGCCCCUUUUCCAGCGGUGCCUGGACGCGAAAAGAAGCUCCGAAGCGACACUUCUGGUGCAGGAGCUGUCAUGUCUGGCGUCAAAGCCCUCACCGGCGCAAAUCCGCGGCCAAUGGCGGUUGUUGAGGAGCCCGGUUGCAUUUGGAUGGUCUUAGG